UCCAUAUACAGCCGCAUGAUAAGGAUUAUGGUCUCCACCUAGUAAAAAAAACAAACUAUUUCAGAAUACAAAAAAAAAAAAAAAAAUCAGAUUUUACAGGUCUAUGUACUUACUGUGGGGACAAGAAGGGACUUGCUAUCAACCUUUGUGAUUAAGUAGCAAUUUUAUCAGAAUGGAGAAGAAAGGAUUUGUGAGCAGUGAAGAUGGAAAGAAUAAGAAUUUUCCUGUAGGAAUGAGAGUACUCGCUGUGGAUGACAGCGCCACAUGUCUUCGAACGCUCGAAGAGUUGCUGCUUCGAUGCAAGUAUCACGUGACAAAGACAAUGGAGUCUAGGAAAGCUUUGGAAUUGCUGAGAGAGAAGAGCAAUAUGUUUGAUCUAGUGAUAAGCGAUGUAGAGAUGCCUGAUACAGAUGGCUUCAAGUUACUUGAAAUUGGUCUUGAAAUGGACCUUCCUGUCAUCAUGUUAUCAUCUCACAGCGACCACGACAGUGUUAUGAAAGGCAUUAUUCAUGGCGCUUGUGAUUAUCUGAUCAAGCCUGUUAGCCUCAAGGAGCUUCAGAAUAUAUGGCAGCAUGUUGUGAAGAAGAACAUUGGCUCAUACAAGAAAAUCAUUGGCCCUUCUCGCCAGCUGCCUCCCUCUUCUGAAUCCGAUCUCGCCACAAGCGGCAGCAAGAAACGUAAAGAGAAAGUUAAUGACAGUGGUGAUGAAGAUGACAGUGACAGAGAUGACGAAGAUGGCGACGGGAGUGAACAAGAUGGCGAGGAGUCUUCCACCAGGAAGAAGCCUCGUGUUGUUUGGUCACAGGAGCUUCAUCAGAAGUUCGUCAAUGCCGUUCAGCAAUUAGGCCUUGACAAGGCUGUUCCAAAAAAGAUACUUGAUUUCAUGAAUAUAGAUGGUCUCACAAGGGAAAACGUAGCCAGCCAUUUGCAGAAGUAUAGACUAUACUUGAAAAAGAUUGAUGAAGGUCAGCAGCAGAACAUGUCUUCCGAUGCAUUUGGGACAAGAGAUUCAUCUUACUAUCACAUGGCUCAGCUUGAUGGGCUAAGAGAUUAUACAUCCACAAGACAACUCCCAAGCUCUUCACUCUUAUCCCGUUCCCAUCUCACCAAGUUCCAUCCCUCUGUGUACCCAUCCAUAAAUCUUCAAGGAAUCAACUCCUCCAGCUUCAACAGCCAGAACUCAAGCAGCUCAGGUAAUCUCUUUGGAACGUAUCAGCGCACUCUGUUCCCAAGAUCACAGAGCGUGAACGUGUCACCACUAGAGCCACUCCAGUUUUCUACAGCCAAGAGCUCUUCAUACAUGGGAGACUACAAAAGCAUAGGGGAUCGACCAAUUGUCGGCAGUAGCUUCCUCGACAACCGUAUGUCGUUUGGUAGCUCAAGCACCUCUUUUCCAAGUGCUUCAAGCAACAACAACCUGAUGUUACAAGCAAACAACUAUACACAACCUCUGCACAGAGCCUCUGAUGGAAACCAUCAGUCUUGCCUCGAGGGAUCUCUCUCAAACUCUGUCUCCCCAAACAUGAGCGCCGAUGGGUUAUCUACUAGAUUCCCUAGCAAUAGCUGGCAAGGGAACCUGAAAACAAACAGAUUCCCAUCAAACUCCUUGCCGCUGAACCAUCAUGGAUUCGGCCAUGAUCAGGUGACGUAUCCAGGGAACGGUCUGGGAGAUUGUAGCUCUUUGGUAUCUGGUGGUGGAGAGAUGCAGUGUGAGACUCCAUUGCUAGGUGACUUCAUGCAGAACAUGAACACCUUAGACGCAUCGAAAUGGGAGGAACAGAACUGCAACAUGAUGAACACUUCAUUCGGUAACGUGGAGUAUCCGUUACCAGCAGGUGAUAACAUGGUUUUCAGGGAUAACAACAAUGUGACGAGAAGCAAAGGCUUGGAUGAUUCGCUGAUGAUGAGUCCGAUAGAGGACGGUGACGGUCAAGAGUAUGUGGGGAAACUUACAAUGCUGGAUCAUGAGAUGAAUUCGGGAAAGCCAGAGAAUGUUCUUGUCGACAAUCAGCACGAUGUGUUCGAUGACAUUAUGAAUGAGAUGAUGAAACAGGAUGAGAAUAACGGAAUGGUGUCAGUGGCUACUAGAUUUGGGCUUGAUUCGUUUCCUCCGCCUUAGGGCUCUCUCUCUGACUUCCGGUUGCAUCAUUUGUUCUUCAAUUGAAUAUCUUCUUGUCAUUUGUUUUUCUUCUUUUUUAUCCUCCCCACAUUGUUUCCUUUCGAUUUGUCAAUAUAUCAGUUUAGACACUGCACCAACCAGUUUCAUACUCUCUUUUAUGAAUUGGAAUAUUUUUCCCUAGAAAAGUAAUAUAGGUUGAGAAGAUUUUAUGUACUUCGGUGAAAGUAAAAU